AUGUCGACGCAGGAGCAGCAGCUCUGUCAGUUUCUGAUGGAGCUGCCAGCUCUCAAACAAUAUCGAUACAACGGGGAAGCUGCGGAUUUACUCCUAGAGAACCUUUUUCGGCUCAUGACCUGUGGCAACGACGACUACUUGCGACUCUUCUUCCCAAACGGCAACAUACUCGUCGACGGCAGGCUUCAGAAGCUCAGGGACGCCCAAGGCGCUGUCGAGGGGUCUGAGUACACGGAGGCCGCUCGCGGAAAGGCAUGCGGACACAUAUUCAAGGCGGGCGAGGCAUCAUAUGGCUGCAAGACGUGCGGCGUCGACGACACUUGCUGCCUCUGCGCCAAGUGCUUCGAUGCGACCGACCACACUGGACACAUGGUGCGGAUCAGUGUUUCGCCCGGCAAUAGCGGAUGUUGUGACUGUGGCGACCAUGAGGCAUGGCGUACGCCCAUGUUCUGUACGAUACAUUCCAUGUGGGAGCAUGCACAGCCUAAGGGCAAAGAGAGGGAAGCAGCGCCGCUGCCAGACGACUUGCUCUUCAGCAUUAGGAUGGUCAUCGGUCGGGUGAUUGACUAUUUGUGUGAUGUGAUAUCUUGUUCGCCCGAGCAGCUGCGUCAGACAAAGACCAAAGACUCGAUCAGGCACGACGAGAGGACAUCUAGAUUGCAGUCGACGUACUAUGGCGGAGAUGUGGAACCGGCGAGCGAAUACGCCGUCAUAUUAUGGAACGACGAGAAGCACACCGUUGACGAUGUCAGAGACCAGGUGGCAAGGGCAUGCGGAACAACGCUCAGGACUGGUGUGGAAAAGGCCUACGAGACCGACCUCAUCGGCCGGAGCAUCCUCACAUAUGGUGACGACAUCGACAAGCUCUUGGGCAUCGCCACAACGCUGGAGCAUAUUCGUGUUACGGUCACGAUUCGCUCCUCGCGCGACACCUUCCGCGAACAGAUGUGCGGCACCAUCAUUGAGUGGCUGAAGGAUAUUUCUGGCUGUUCCGUGGGCGACGACCAUUCUGUGCUGCGGACCAUCGUCUGCGAAGAGUUUCUCAAACCAUGGAGGAUGGGCAGCCUCGCCACUCACAGAUCGGUGGGAAAGAGUGGUAUUGAUGAUGAGGAAACCGAAGCCGCUGAGCGCGACGAUGACGACAGCGAUGGCGACGGCGACGGCGACGCUGAGGGCGACAACACACCGACGUCUUCCCGCGACGCUAUGGAUGAGGACGAGGAUGAUGAGGAGGACUUGGUGAUGUUGGACACAGCUCCUGGAGCCUCUGAAGACGUCAACAUGUCGGAUUGGCGCGCCGAUGAGGCGCUCGAGGCCGACGAGGCGACAAUGGCAGGCUACCCGCCACCGCCACCGCCUCCAGCGCCGGGUGUGUCCCGCCGAACCACCAGGGAAGGAGACAUGACACCUUCUGAUUCUGAUGUUGCGGAGCCUCUCAUACCGUCGACUAUUUACGCCAAAAACAGCCUCGAGAUUCCGAAGACGCCAGGAAACACUCGGCGAAACCCAGCACCACCAAAAUCUGGUUGGUACUGGCUGCUCGCGCCUGCUGCGUACAUGGACACCAGCAACGUCCCGCCCGCUGAAAAUGUCUUCCAGCGAGUCCGCCUAGAUUGGAUGAUUCUCUUUGACUUGAGAAUGUGGAAGAAGGUCCGUAACGACUUGCGCUCGCUCUACAUCUCCACAGUUGUGACGAUACCCGAGUUCAAGCGAGUCCUCGGACUGCGCUUUGCUGGACUGUACACCACCUUGGCCCAGCUCUAUCUCAUUGCAGAUCGGGAGCCAGACCACUCCAUCAUCAACCUUUCCCUACAGAUGCUGACGACCCCCUCCAUUACUGCCGAGGUCGUGGAGCGCGGCAACUUUCUCACCAGCUUGAUAGCCAUCCUGUAUACCUUUUUGACUACGCGACAAGUUGCACACCCCUGGAAUGUGUCUGACACCGCGGUGUUGGCGUUUGAUUCCGGGUCUGUUACUAACAGACGCAUGUACCACUUUUUCGCGGACCUCAAAUAUCUGUUUUUGUCCCCACAUGUGCAAAAUCGUCUGCGGACCGAUGAGAGGUACAUGAUGCAAUUCCUCGAUCUGGUCAAGCUACAUCAGGGGAUCUGCCCAAACACUAGGGCCGUGGGAGAGCACGUUGAAUACGAAACCGAUACGUGGAUCAGUGCGUCUCUGAUCACCAGAGAGAUCAACCGACUGUGUCGUCUCUUCAGCAGGGCUUUCGAAAAGGCCGAGCCUGCCCAAUUAUCUUGGGCCAUCCGCCUGGCAGCCAAGGCAGUCAUCAUCAAUUCGAUCGGUGCGGAGCGUGGCCGGUUCAGUCAGGCCGAAAUCAAAGAUGAAGUUCGCUUCAAGGUCCUUUCUGACUUCGAGUUUGACUCCGAGCCGACCAAGUAUGAAGUGGUCAAAUUUGUUGUCGAAGAACAACCCAUCAGUUUUCACCACGCGCUCCACUACACGCUUACAUGGCUCAUCGAAUGUGCCAGGUCGAUGCCGGUUGAGCAGAUGCGAGCACUUCUAAGCUUUAAGACUCAAGACCUGAGAGCGCAGCCUCGUCUGAUGGGCAAGCGGAUGAUGCCGAGACGCGAGUACGAACCGGAAGAUUUCCUGAUGGCCGCUGUCGAUUACUCUCUGCGGGUGUGUGCAUGGCUGUCACAAAUGAGAUCAAGCAUGUGGGUUCGCAAUGGCAUGAGCUUGCGCCACCAGUCUGGUACAUAUCGCGGGAUCGCCCAGAGGGAGAUGGGCCACCACCGGGACAUCUUCCUGCUGCAGACUGCCCUCGUGAUCUGCAACCCCAGCCGCGUGCUUGCCUCUAUCGUCGAUCGCUUCGGCAUGGACAAGUGGGUAAAAGGCCUUUAUGAGCAGAAGUCACUGGGCCAAGAUGAUGUUCAGCAUAUCGAGGUCGCCGAAGACAUGCUGCAUCUGGUCGUAAUAUUAUUGUCAGACCGCACCUCUCUGUGUCGAUUCGAUGAUGGGCGGGAUAGCCGCGUCAGGUUCAUGCGCCGAGACCUCAUUCAUAUGCUGUGCUUCAAGCCCCUUACAUUCACCGAGAUUGGUGGCAGACUACCUGAGAGGUAUCAAGAGCAGGAGGAAUUCACUCAAGUUCUCGCGGAGGUCACAAACUACAAAGCACCAGAAGGUAUCUCGGACGUCGGAACCUUUCAGCUGAAGGAAGAGUGUGUCGAGGAGAUCGAUCCAUUCACCGCAAUUUACACCAAGAACCAGCGCGAAGAAUCAGAGAAUGCGUGGCGUAAAUUCAUGGCCAAGAAGACAGGCAAGCCGGUCGAGGACCUGGUGUACGAGCCGAAGCUGCGGCCGAUAGAAGACGGUGUCUUUGCAGGACUGUCCGAGGUUACCAGCACGGGCAUGUUCGCCCAGGUCAUAUACUACAGCCUGCUGUACGCUCUUCUCAGCCCAAAGUUGACACCAACUGUGCCAUCCUCAAGGCUCGAGAUCUACCUGCACCUUGUGUUGCACCUCGUUUUCAUCGCCGUCACCGAAGACCAGGGUGCCGAGGGGGACCAUUCACGGCCUUCCUUCAUACACAAUGCCCUCACCAAAACCUCUCUGGGUAGCCUGAUGCCGGAUGCCCCUGCAGCGAGAACAAUUGUUUCUCUCCUGGACCUCAUGUCGACCAAGCAGGAGCUCAAGGCCUGCCAUACCAGGAUUGGGGUCAUCCUGCGACGGAUGCGUCAGAAGCGACCACAGGAUUUUGAGGCAGCCUAUGUGCGUCUUGGCGUGCCUGUCGACAGAAUCAGCACUGCCUCGCCAGCCGUCAAUGUGAAUGCGGAAGAGGAGCGCGAACGCAAGAAAAAGGCUGCCCUGGACCGUCAGGCCAAAGUGAUGGCUCAGUUCCAGCAGCAGCAGAAGAACUUCAUGGCCCAGCAGCAGGAUAUCGACUGGGGCGAUGUGGAUGACCUAGAGGAUGAACUCCCAGAGCCUGUGGAAGAGAAAAACUUCUGGAAAUAUCCAUCGGGAACGUGCAUUCUGUGCCAGGAGGACACGGAUGAUCGUCGGCUGUACGGGACAUUCGCUUUUCUCAGAGAGAGCGCAAUUAUGCGGCAGACAGAUCUUUCCAACCCCGAUUUUGUGCGAGAAGUAACCAAGGUCCCCAAAAACCUUGACAGAUCCGCCGAGGAUAUCCGACCGUUUGGCGUGAGCCAUGAAAACCGCAUUCAGGUGGAGAAGGUCAACCAGAAGGGCGAGAUCUUCACGACCGAGCGCCAGGUCAUCGGCAAGGGCUUUCCUUCCGCAGCUGUGCGAAGAGGACCACUUUCCACCGGAUGUGGUCACAUGAUGCACUACAGCUGUUUUGAGGUGUAUUUCGACGCGACCCAGCAGAGACAUAGGCAGCAGAUUGCACGGCAUCAUCCUGAGAACCCCACGCGCCUAGAGUUUGUCUGUCCACUCUGCAAGGCCCUCGGCAACGUGUUCUUGCCUAUCAUCUGGAAGGGCCAGGAGGAGUCCUAUCCCGGUGCGCUCCAAACAUCUACCGACGUCCAGGUCUCCUCGGAAUCUUUCGCCAUGUUCCUCAAGGAGAAUCUGUCGUCGGGACCCGCAUUCCCGUCUACGCAGUCUCCGACACAGUCCGUCAAUAUGUUUUCCCACUACACGAAAGGCUCUCUGCUGCCCAGACUGGCCGACGUAUCUUCGCACCUCGUGCUUGAUGCAUGGGAGUCGGGUACGCAGCAGACGCCUGUAGGCGUGCCAUUCGGAGAACCCUUUCGCAGCGACGCCCCUGACCCCAGCGGCAUGGCCGAAACCAACACUCCCAUGACCGAACUUGUGCGGGUAUACCGUCGUCUUCGAGAUACAAUCAAGAUCAACGCUCUCGCCUUGCCGCCAAACCCACUUAUCAACUAUGACAAAGCUAGGAACCCCGCGGAUCUGAGCAACAUUGACGUCUUGGCUGCCGCCGUCGGCUAUUCCAUCUCAUCUGUCGAGAUCCAGCACAGAGGCCUGGAUGCUGAGUACGGCUCCUUGUUACUAGAGAGAAUCUCCGAGUCGACUCUCACCCACCUUCGUACCUUCACGGAGACAGUCACGUCGUACAUUGCCAUUGGUGGGCAGAAAUUCGGUGGUAUGAACAGGGUCGUCACCGAGUUCCAAGCCAUGACCACCAAACAGCACAUGCAGCUGUUCCUGACGCCGGUGCUUGCGUCGGACCCUUUUAUCUUGCUCUGUGAGAGUAUCUUCGGCGUUGCCGCAGCUCAUGGGUUUGAGGUUUCGUAUCUCCUCCGUGUCUACUACCUCGCUGAGAUCGUCAAGGUAGUCCAGCGCAUCUGCAAGGUCAAGCGAGGCCCGGAGUGGAUGGCUUGCGAGAACAUUGAAGACAGGAAUCUCGUCAACUUUGCCGAAUUCUGCAAGACCAUCUACAAGAUGAACCUUGACUUCACAUGCAGCGAUGAUGCUGGCAGCGACGCCGUGACGCCCGAGGCGCCUGCGUCGAGUGGCUUCGACCAAGAUUGCUUCACGUCCAUCGCAGACUACUACGCCUUCACCAAGAAGUAUGCCCAGUGCUUCCUUCGCAAGUGCGUCAUUCUCCUCUACGUCAAGUACGGCGUCGACUUCAACAGCCAUAUCUCCCCCCAACCAGAGCAAGACGAGCUUGUUCGCCUCACCGAGGCUCUCCGCCUGCCCGAUUUCGACAGCAUGUGUGCAGCCCUCACCCCUCUCGGCAUCCACGUCGGCUGGCCUAGUGCGCUCUGCGACCAGCUCGUGCGCGGUUGGAUCCAACAUGACAAUGCCUGGUGGAGCAGCCCGUACUCGACCAAGCCAAGCCCCAUGGCCCAGGAAUACCAGGCCGCAGAGCAGCUCCUCAGCCACCCGGGCAUCUUCGAGCUCAUCGGUCUACCAAUGAACUACGAUACGCUGAUAGAGGAAUGUACGAAGCGGCGGUGUCCCAGAAGCGGCAAAGACGUCUCAGACCCGAUGAUCUGCCUGCUCUGUGGUGAAGUGUUCUGCGGGCAGAGUGUUUGUUGCUCUGCUCUGGACCCGGUGGCGGUGAGGCGUCGUGGGUCUGCCAACAGAAUUGGUGGUGCGCAGCAGCACAUGCGGAAAUGCCAAGGCAGCGUCGGCAUCUUUAUCAGCAUCCGCAAAUGCGCGGCCUUCUAUCUGCACCGUAACUCCGGAUCCUUCAGCCACGCCCCCUACAUCGACGCGUACGGCGAGACGGACAUGGGCCUUCGGCACUAUCGACAGCUCUUCCUGUCCCAGAAACGUUACGACUCACUGCUCCGCACUGUAUGGCUCACUGGCGGCAUUCCCUCCUUCAUCUCGCGCAGACUCGAGUCGGACAUUAAUACUGGCGGCUGGGAGACCAUAUGA